UCCGUUUCACCAACGGUUUUCCUUGUUUUCUUUGGCGUCGUGGCAGGAGGUGCCCUGGGACUGUUUUGGGGUUGCUGGGUGACCUUGAACCUUCCGGAGCGAGAUGGCGGGUGUGUGGAGGCUGAGUGCCCGCUGCGGAGUCCAUGGCGGCCGGGCUCUCCUCCUCCGAACCCCGGCGGUCAGGCCUGCUCACCUCGCAGCCUUUCUCCAGGCCCGACCCGCCCCGGGGCGGCGCGGAGCACAGCGCAUCCACCUGUUCCCCGGCCGCCCUGGCGGCUCCAAGGCUGCGUCUCUCCGCUGGGCCAGUGAGAGGGCGGCCAGUGCUCUGCUCCUGGGCCUCCUUCCCGCGGCCUAUCUGUUUCCUUGUCCUGUGGUGGACUACUCCCUGGCCGCCGUGCUCUCCCUCCACAGCCACUGGGGCCUGGAGGAAGUUGUCACUGACUACGUUCGCAGGGACGCACUGCAGAAAGCCGCCAAGGCGGGCCUCUUGGCCCUCUCGGCUGUCACCUUUUCUGGGCUUUGUUAUUUCAACUAUCACGACGUGGGCAUCUGCAAAGCUGUUGCCAUGCUAUGGAAGCUCUGACCUUCUUGACUUAAUAUGUUAAAAAUGGAUUGUACACCUCUUUGCCUCUGCUCUGUCACGCCAUUCAUCUCACAAUAAAGAGGAAAUAACUGAUGAGUCCGUUGAUGAGAUAAGUCUCUUCUCCUAAUCACCUGGCUAGUUGUAGAAUGUAAUCUGUGAGGAAAUGGUUUGAGAGGAAUUGUAUCCAAGACAUUGUGAGACAAAAGUUCCACAUUCUGGCGAGUGAAUGAGCUUGUCCUCCAGCUUCUCAAGACUCACAAUGUAACUGAACAUUAUAUAUGAGCUUUCGCAUUUUUAUCAAACUCUUAAAGGGAAUUCAGCCUUAUUACUGUCAAUACCUAACCAAACUUCUUCUAUAGUUGCCCUAAGAAUUGUGGAGAGAGGAAAAGCUAUUAAUUCAUAAGUAAAGACUGCAGAAACUUAGUCAGCACUUAAUGUUUGAAAACUUUACCCCUUUGUUAAGUUGAUACCAGUCACUGGUGGUUAUAUGUCUUUAUUUGUCUUAAAGUUAGGAAUUGCUAUUACUAUCAGGAUACUUCACAUUUCUAAUUUCUAUAUCCUGGUAAAAAGAGCCUGAGAACUUCUGAAUAUAGAGAAGUUUGAUGCAGAGGGAAGAGAUACCCCUGUAAAGGUAUCAAAAUAUUACAUGUUCUAAACUGAGACUUAACUCCUCAAAUAUGUUAAUUUUAUUUGUUCCAAAAUAAUAUCCACAAAUAUAAAACUUUAAAUAGUCAAUUGUUAUUUUUCCCAAUGUGAGAAUCUCAAUUGUGAAAUGUAUUCUGU